AUGAGUGACGCCGAACAUCCAGCGGUAAGGGAGAACUCCACUCCUGGUGUUGAGUGGCCUGAGAAUGGGGAGCAGUGGAGCGACGGGGAGGAGAAUACGAUGGAAGAAUCCGAGCUCCUGCAGGAUGUGGUGGAGGAGGACGAGGAGAUUGAUCUGUACAAUGAAGAGACCUUUGGAUUAGACCUAAGUGCCGAGGAGCUUCAAGCAGAUGCUGUGGAUCUUCUGUUUGUAGAUGGCAAACAGUCUCCAGCACCGCCAGCUUCUCCUCCUCCACCUUCGCCAAAUGAGGCUUCCCCUCCUAGGCCUAAAGUUCAAAUCCAGGCCCAGGCUGCAGCAGGCCUGUGCCAUGAAGCCAGGAGCAGCAGAGAGAGAGGCGCUCAAGUGCAGCUGCUGGACGACCCAGCGGUGAUGAGGACGGUGGAGGGGCCGCCCAGUCUGAAGAGCUUGGACAGCGCUAUCGUGGACUGUGGCCGCAGCUCCUGCUGGGGAGAUCUGAAUGCCAACACGUGGAUGAUGCCGUCACUAGGCUCAGCCAGGCCCGCACCAGGGUCCAUCCUUCAGGACCGGGCUAUCGUGGGGGUGAUAGACCGAUCGGCUCGUGGCAGGAUACGAUCGCCGUUGCAGCUGCCGGGCGAGAGACGCCCCCUUCAGGUGCCGGUGUGUCCUGUUGUGGCUGGUAGCCCACUCCACCUGAAAAGCUCCUUCUCUGUGAAGCAGCACUAUGGUCAGUCGGGGGGUUUCCUUUCGCCCUCCCCUCCCCGAUUCCAGGCUCUCGCACCCAAAAUGAUGCAGGUGCGGUUUGGGCCAAACUCUCCUAGACCGGGGUCCUGUUUCAGCCCAUUCCCCAGUCCCGUGCAUAGAUUCAGGCUUCCGGUCUUGGCCACCCAGCUCCACCCGCAGCACAAACGGCUGCUGAGCCAGCGACCUCCGGGCUCCCGAAGGAGACUGAAGAGCUGGGACCAUUACGCUGAGCUCAUGUCUGCCAGAGAGAAGGAGUGGAUCAUCAAGCUACAGAUGAUGCAGCUACAGAGUGAGAACCCUCUUCAGGAUGACUACUACUACCAGGAAUACUAUCGAAGAAUGGAAGUGAAGUUGGCAGAGGAAGAGAUGAUGGGUGACCGAUCCAAAAGGGAGCCGCCCAAACUCACCACACCAUACGUCACCAAAACGGUGUCCUACACCCCAGUGGUCCACAUUGAAGGGUCGCUGGGCCAGGUCACGGUGUCCACGUGUCACUCCCCGCGUCGUGCCAUAGAUGCUGUCCACGCGCACACUCCCGAGGAGCAGAAGGACAUCAGGCAGCAGAGGCUGGAGGUACUGAACACCAUUGAGAAGUGCUAUGUGACCUUGUUGGGUGUGGAGGCAGCUGAGAGGAUGAAGACCACUGUGACUGACGAAGAAGAGAACAGAAGACUGAUGAAGACCAUGCAGAGAGGGGUGGAGGAGAUCAACAGCCAGCUACGGAACCUCAACUCUAUGGAGUCCAUGGAAGAGUUUCUGCCCUGUCUUCUCGUCUUGAAAGGAAAAAAAUUGCUGGCCAGACUUCUCCCCUUCCUGUCACAUGACUUGGGUCUCCACCUCCUGCGGGCCAUCACGAUGCACCUUCCGGUGCUGAUGAGCAGAGAUGCAGAUGAGGGCCUUCCUGUUCUGUACCCGCCUCUCCGCACCGUGAUCGGUUCCCUCAGCUUCAGCCAGCUAGUUUCCGUCCUGCAGGAGUUCACCGCAGCCCUGCCUGACUCCAAAGACUCUCGUCUAACGUUAGCCUGCCAAAACAAGUUUGGUUUGUCUUUGCUGUAUGCCUUGCUCUCGCAAGGUGAGAGGCUCCUGACCUCUGACCUUCCCAUGGAGCCCAGUCUUGGCGACUUCGAGACCUGGACGGACACCGUCUUCCAAGUGGCACGCCAACUGUCCCACACGUCCCUGGCAGAACCCCUCUUCCUGCCCUCUAACCUGCUCACGCUGUUCUGCCGCUACCUGGACAAGCGCACUGUCCAGCAGCUGAGGAACAACAUGGAAUCUUCUACAGGCUAUCUGGCUGUAGGAUCAUGA